AAUAUUAUACCUCGGCCUCAGCCACCGUCGAUCUGGCUUAGAACCCUCCAUUCUCGUACGCCUGUCUUUCUCCUUUCCCACUCUACACAUAUACAUACAUACACACAAACACUUUCUCUUUCUCUAUCCUAAUUAACCAUUUUACAACUUGCUACAAUUAUCAUUUAUCAAUCAAACAUGGGUUAUCUUGCUAUUUUCAUGCUGGUUUUCUUGGCUGUUGCUGGUUAUUCAAAUGCAGCUUAUUGUGUAUGUAACACAGCACUGAGUGAUCCAGUGCUUCAAAGGAACAUUGAUUAUGCUUGUGGUAAUGGUGCUGAUUGUAGUCAAAUAAAUCCAAAUGGGGCUUGUUUCAAUCCGAACACUGUAAAAGAUCAUUGCAAUUAUGCUGUUAAUAAUUAUUAUCAAAAGAAAGGUCAAGUUCAAGGAAGUUGUGAUUUUUCAGGCACUGCUAGUCCAACCCAAACACUCCCUUCAGGUGUAAAUUCUGCUUGUUUUUCUGGGAACCCUAGCCCUACAACUCCGACCCCACCAGGAACCGGAACUGGGACUCCUCCAGGAACCGGUAUUGCUACCCCGCCUCCAGGAACCGGAACUCCAGGCACCGGGACUGGAACAGGAACUCCGGGGACUGGGAAUGGAACAGGGACCGGAACUCCAGGUACUGGGACUGGAACUGGAACUCCAGGUUCUGGGACUGGAACUGGAACUGGAACUGGGAUCAAUGUAAACCCACCGUUUGGAAUGGGACCUACAACUGGCUUUGACAACAGUGGCUGCAUGUCUAUUCACAAAAUUACCAACCUUUUCAAUCUUGCAACCCUUUUGGUUUCUGGGUUGAUCUGGUCCAGGCUUAUCUAAACAGGGCUUAUAUACGACCUGUGGAUGAGACAUUCAUGUUGUAAAGUAGUGUUGUAUUAAUUAUAUCGGUUGUAUCCUAUGAUGUAUGAACCCCCCUUUUUUUAGUAUGAGAUAGAAGAUGCAUUCAUUACCUUUUUAAUA